GCUUGGUCCAUGUCCCAUGAUGCUUAUUGCUUCAUAGUUCAUACAUGCUUCAUACAUCAUAUGUCUCGUUGUCAGUUUUUAGUUUAAAACUAAGUACGAAGCUAAGAGUUACGAGAUACCUAAAUUAAACAACUGCUGAGCAAUUAAAUGAAAUUAUAAGUUGAAAUGGAUAAACGUUCGAAAAAUUUACCCAAAUUUGGGGCAGCAAAACUUUCAUUUACACCAAAUUUAGGAUAUAAAAGAAUUGUAACCAAAGAUUCAGAUCAACUAUCUAAAGUAGAAGUCAAAGUUGAACAUGAUGCUAAUACAAGUGCUCAAUUAUCGUCAGCACAAAAACAAAAAAAAACUAAAGAAAGAUCUACAACACAGGUACAAAGUGUAUUUUCUAACAUGAGCGCAACAAGCCAGGGUAGAUCAGGUCCAUCACGCAUGGGAUUAUCAUCUGGUUUUCGAUCUUAUUCAAACCUCGGUAGUUUCAAUAGUUCAGGAUCUUAUAUGAAAAAAGAAGCUUGUCAAAGCAUACAAGAAAUGCAAAUGUUAGAAAAUACCCAAUUUGAUGUGGAUGACCCCAUAGAUGAGUCUCAUGGACCAGUUCGAUUACCAUAUUUCAGAAAAGAUAGGGUACCACAAAUUAAGUCUGAAAUGAGUUUAGAAUAUCCAUUCCAGAAGAAUAUAUAUCCUUCAUUAAGUGAAUUAAUUUCUCCUGAAUUAUUAAUUACUUUGCAGUUCUAUGACAGUUCAUUUAGUAUUCACCCAAAGAUUGCAAAUAUUGAUUUAAGAGAAAAUAAUGAUAAUGAUGUAAUAUCAGCCAAAAUAAAACCAGAAGUACCUAUAAAAAUGGAAUUUAAUGGCCAUUUAAAAACUGAAAAUGAUUCAGAAGCUGUUUUUAAGUCCAAACCAAUAGGAAAACUUCAAUAUUAUAGAUCUGGGCGUGUUGUUUUAAUCUUUAAUGAAAAAAAAUAUGAAUUAUUAAAAGCCAAUGAGGAUAAACAUCACAAGGAAUUAUUCAGUCUUACUAAAAUUGAAGAAGCUGAAAGACCGGAUAAACUAGUGAGCUUAGGAACAGUACCUAUACGACUAAAAGCUGUUUCAGAUAUUGAUAAUAUAAUUGAGCACUUUUUAACAAAUAAUAAUUAGUAUACAAUUUUUUUUUUUAUUUUAUGUACAAUAAAAAAUUAAUAAUCAUACUUAUACAAAGAAUUACAAUGUAUCAUAAUCUUCCAA